AUGGCGCAGGCGGGAGGGCCUACUCAAAAUCCGCCGAAUGACAAGAGAAGAGUCAAGGUCUAUGAGUUGCGCAAUGGCGACUGGGUUGAUAGAGGCACUGGCUUUUGCAGAGCUGACUUCAUGGUUGACAAUGGCCCUGAAAAAUCAGAUCCUAGAGUUAUAGUGCAGUCGGAAGAUCAACCAGGCUGUAUCCUCCUCGAGACCAAGAUAGUGAAAGCAGAUGAAUUUCUGAAACAGCAAGAAACUCUCAUAGUAUGGACAGAACCGAGUAGUAUCAUGGACAUGGCUCUCAGCUUUCAGGAAGCAGAGGGCUGUACGGCUGUAUGGAGAUUUAUCAAUAAUAUACAAACGACGUUAGCUGCAUCUAAUAAGACCAAUACAGAGGAGGAUAGUACAUCAGACGAUCUUGUCCCCGAGCCAAAUAUUCCAACGUCUCUCCCCAAUCCUUCGCUGGGUAGCUUACCUGAAUUAGAGGCACAGAUGAGAGGAUUGAGCAAUACAACAGUUGGACGCGAAGCCCUUACGAAAUUGGUCAUUAACGAAAACUAUAUCCGAAGAUUGAUACCACUGGUGGAAAUUGCCGAAGACUUGGAGGAUCUUCCAAGUUUACAUCGACUUUGCACGAUAAUGAAGAUGAUGAUAUUGUUGAACGACAAUUCGAUCGUCGAGCAUAUCGUAACGGAUGAGGUGGUUCUUGGUGUCGUCGGGGCUUUGGAGUAUGAUCCGGAUUUCCCAAGUCAUAAGGCCAAUCAUCGACUUUGGUUAGGUAGAGAGGGUAGAUAUAAGGAGGUUGUUCGGAUAGACGAUGUCAAUGUGCGGAGAAAGAUUCAUCAUACUUAUCGAUUACAAUAUCUUAAAGAUGUUGUACUCGCCCGGAUCUUGGACGAUCCCACCUUUUCGGUUCUCAAUGGCCUCAUCUUCUUCAAUCAAGUCGAAAUCGUUCAACAUCUGCAGGCCAAUACUGAUUUCCUUGAAGAACUUUUUGGAAUUUUUGGACCACAAGAGACAGAUCAAGAGAGGAAGAAGGAGGCUGUUCUUUUCAUACAACAGUGCUGUGCCAUUGCCAAAAAUUUGCAGCAACCGGCACGACAAACGCUAUACAAUAACUUCUUAGGACAUGGUCUAUUGUCUGUCAUUAACUUUGCUCUCCGACAUAAUGAUGUUGGAGUGCGGGUCGGAGCCACAGAUGUAUUGGUUUCCAUGAUUGAUCAUGAUCCUUAUAUGAUUCGUCAAACCAUAUUUCGACAAAUGAAUGAGAAGCAAACUCUUCUAACUGAUUCUCUUAUCGAUCUCCUUCUUGUAGAAGCAGACUUGGGUGUGAAGGCUCAAAUAGCAGAUGCAAUCAAGGUUCUUCUGGAUCCAGGUAUCCAUCCUGUGCCAGUGGAACCACCUCCCAAAGCAGCCAACGGUGAGGUUGUAGCUAGACCUCGACCUCAGGUAGAUCCUCAGCAUGAACUGUUCCUUAAUCACUUCUAUGAAGAAUCCGCGAAGAAAUUGUUUAAACCUUUGAUGGAUUUGAAGGGACGAGAGGAUAUGGACUUCACGGUUCACCAAGUAUCUUUGUUCAUCUAUCUGAUAGAGAUUCUUUGCUUUUUCAUCAGACAGCAUAUGCACCGCAGCAAAUAUUUUGUGUUAUCAGAAGGGCUUGCUCAACGCAUUUCUCAGCUUUUGGACAGUCCAGAGAAAUACCUUAAAUUAACGGCAUUGAAGUUCUUCCGAAAUUUGAUUGGUUUACAAGAUGAGUUUUACAACCAGCAGAUGAUGCAAGAUCAUCUUUUUGAGCCAAUCUUAGAUCUUGUGAUUGAAACCAUGCCUCGGGAUAAUCUCUUGAAUUCGGCGUGUUUGGAGUUUUUCGAUUUCAUCAAGAGCCAGGGUCCUAGUCAGAGGGUUUUGAUUAUACACUUGGUGGAAAACUACCGAGAGAAAUUUGAGACCAUCACCUAUGUCGACACAUUUAGAAAUUUCAUCAACAGUCAUGACAGCUUCCAAGGAUUUGCCUCAAGUAUGGAAACUUCCUUCCUCGACACCGAAGACGAAAGUCCGAAGAGACCGGAGACAGGUAGAGGCAGUAGAUGGGGCUCGGGUAUCAAGGACUUAGAUGCAGACGAAGAAGCAUAUUUCAACACAUCUGAUGACGACGAAGAUAAAUCUCAUUAUAAUCGGAACCUGACGAACGGAGCGUCGCCUAUUUCGAAACCUUUGGUUGACUAUCCAUCGGAUGAAGAAAAUGAAAAUUCAGAAAACGACGUUUCCACUGGAUUAGCCUCUGCUCCCCUCAGUCGGAGCUCUUCGCAUAAAUCUUUAGCUUCAAAAGAUUCCAGCGGGGACGAGAUAGUCAUGACUCCUACUUCUUCCACACCUACUCCACCUGAAAGAUUAUCGGAAAAACGGAGGAGAGAAGAAGAUGAGGAAGAUGAACUUGGCAAACUUUCCAAUCAUAAACGACGAAGCUCGACAAUUUCUACAGCAUCGAAUAGCAGCGUGAUUAGGAGGAAACAGAGCUUCAACAGAACUCGAGAUGGCAGUAAUGGACCUAAGAAGAUUGCCAUCAGCUUAUCUCCAGCCAUUAAAACCGGUGGUGAUAGCCCUGGUGGUAGCGCCAGUUGA